AUGUCAACGCCGAACAACGGCAAGGGUAGGGCCAUCCCCUCCCCGCGCCCCACCGACGACUCGUCCAGCCCGAUUCGAUCGCCCUCCCGCGGCUUCGUCGACAGCCCUUUCGGACAUGCUUCCCCAACGCUGCCCAACAUUCCGCCGCGCAUCGGUUCGCCCUCCAACGAGAACAUGAGCCUCUACUCGUCCUCGCAGCAGCAGCGUCACGACUCGUCCGCCUUCCCCAGCUCGUUUCAACGAACCAUCUCGAUCGAGCCGCCCUCGCGCGAUAGCGCCUCGCUUGCUCCGCCUCCCGCAGAUUCGGGCAUCUCAACCCCCAGCAACAUCGAAAACCUCGAUGCGCUCCCCAUCUCGGACGAACGCAAGGCACGCAUCAUCGAGAGACACCUUGCGCGUCCCGACGCCAAUCGCGAUUCGCUUUCGGCCACCUCCAUCCAGUCCAACGACAACACCGACGACAGCGUCGCCAGCAACGAUGCACGCAGCGCCCACGUCAACUUUCCCGGAUCCGGCGAUGUCACCGCAGAGUCGCCCUCAGAGAUCGUCCUCGAGGACGUCGAAGAGAGCUACCGCGGUCCGCACCAGAUGCAAGGCGGUGCCAUCACCGACGACGUCUAUCGAUGGGCGCACAAGAACCGCCGCGUAUCGACCCGUCGUACUCGUAGCGAAAGCCUUCACAUGCCCAGAACAGCCACCAUCGAUCCCGAGCUCGACGUUCAGGGCAUCAAGGAGCCCGGUGGAUUCCGUCGCUUCUUUGUGAUCAAUCAGGCCGAGCAGCAGGGCCGAGCGCCGCCCCGAGCGCUCAGAAGCUUCAUCGACUUCCUCAGCCUCUACGGCCACUUUGCCGGAGAGUUUCUCGAGGAGGACGAUGACGACGACGAAGGCGACGAGGAUGAGACCGAUGAAGAGGACGACGACGACGCCCGCGCCAUCCCGGGCACCAGCCGCGCGGCCGGCAACGGCGACACGGAGCGAUCCGGUCUCCUGCGCGGUCGCAAAGGCCUCAAACGCAGCGACACACGGACGCGCAUGCGCAAAGCCAGCAAGGAGCGUCGCCGCGGCGAGGCUACGGUCACGGACGCCGUCAUGAUGCUGCUCAAGUCGUUCGUCGGCACGGGCGUGCUCUUCCUCGGCAAGGCGUUCUACAACGGCGGCCUGCUCUUUUCCACCAUCACGCUCUGCUCCGUCGCCAUCAUCUCGCUUGUCUCCUUCCUGCUGCUCGUCAAGACCAACCUCAACUGCCCCGGCUCGUUUGGUGACAUGGGCGGCAUCCUCUACGGUCCUCGCAUGCGCCUCGCCAUUCUCGCCUCGAUCGUGCUUUCGCAGCUCGGAUUCGUCGCGGCCUACACGGUCUUUGUGGCACAGAACAUGCAGGCCUUUGUGCUGGCCGUGACGCAGUGCAAGACGCUCGUGCCCAUCUGGGCGCUCAUCCUGGGCCAGAUGGCUGUCUUCCUGCCGCUCUCGCUCAUCCGCCGCAUCGCCAAGCUCUCGACCACCGCGCUCAUCGCCGACGUCUUCAUCCUGUUCGGCAUCGUUUAUCUCUUCCAAUACGAGAUCGGCAAGGUGGCGAAGGAGGGAUUGGCGGAUGUGGUCAUGUUCAACUCCAAGGACUUCCCGCUGUUCAUCGGCACCGCCGUCUUUACUUUCGAGGGCAUCGGACUGGUCAUCCCAAUCACCGAGUCGAUGAAGGAGCCCGAGAAGUUCCCGCGCGCGCUCACGGGCGUCAUGGCGUUUGUCAUGGUGCUGUUUGCGUCGGCGGGUGCGCUCUCGUACAUGGCAUUUGGAUCUGCGAUCCAGACGGUGGUCAUCACCAACCUGCCGCAGACGUCGAGGUUCGUGCAGGCCAUGCAGUUCCUGUACAGCAUUGCGAUCCUGCUGUCGACGCCGCUGCAGCUCUUCCCGGCACUGGCGGUGCUCGAAAAGGGCAUCUUCACCAAGAGCGGCAAGUACAACUGGAAGGUCAAGACCGAGAAGAAUCUCUUCCGCUUCCUUGUGGUUGCAGUGUGCUGCCUGGCUGCGUGGGCCGGUGCCAACGAUCUGGACAAGUUUGUCUCGCUCAUCGGAUCGGUGGCGUGCGUGCCGCUGUGUUUCAUCUAUCCGCCCCUGCUGCAUCUCAAGGCCAACGCAACAAGGACCGCCACCAAGGUGCUCAACUACGCCAUGCUGUUCUUUGGCAUCGUCUGCGUCGUUUUUGCCGGUUCGCAGACCAUUCGCGCCAUGGUCGAAAGCUCGGCACCUGCCAGCCCUCCGCGAUGCUCGCCGCGCUAA